CGGUGUGGCGAUGGCGCGGCGGCUAGGAUGGUGUCGCGACGCUUCGCGUCAGCGUCGCUGAGACCGUCGACGACGGAGGCAACAGUGGUGGCCAACGCAUCGCGUCAGCGCGGUAUCCGCCAUAUUGGCCGCGAGGAACCUGUUUAAACUACGCGAGGAAGAGAGAGAUAGAGAGAGAGGGGGAGAGAGAAAGAGAGAGAGAGAGAGAGAAGGCCGCUCUCUUACGAACCUUCGUCCGAGAUCCGGCCGUGGGGGUGAGAAACGAGGGCGUGUAGCACAUAGAAAAGCGUGUGUGUACUAGCGCGAUUCUAAGUGUGUGCGCGACAAGGGAAACGAAGAAGGUGGUCGGUGGUGGUGGAGGAAGAGGGCAAUCGCGUCGUGGGACACGCCGAAAUACGCCUCGAACGUUUUCCACCACGCCACACGGUGAAACGGGGUGAAAGACGGCCCGGCCCGUUGGAACAUAGAGAGGGAGAAGGGAGAAGAAGAGAGAGGCUGCGAGGAAGUGUGCACUCUGGUGAUAGUGGCUAGGAAAGUGUCAGCGCAAAAAGUGUCCCGUACUUCGAGCCGGAUCGGUGGCUACGAUCGUAGUACCACCCUUGGCCUACACCCCAUCGCUCCAAGCAACUCGAUGACCCUGUUUCGUUUUUUUUUUAUUUCCGACGAACUUGCGCUAUCGAUCACCGAUCGCGACUGAUCGUUGAACGACGUGUAAUAUAGUCGAUGCAUAGUGCACACGUUGAUAACUCGGGUCGGCCGGUGUAAAAUUCUUUCCAUGCAACCUCGUGUAUAAACGAGAACACGCGUUCACGGGGUUCAGUAGCAUCCUUCGUUCAGCAGCUACCACUCGAUUCGAUCGACAGAACCAACCCAUCACAUUCGUAUAUCGUGUUCGCGAUCACGUACGAUCGUCGAUCGUCGAGAGUGUAUUCGAUAGGAGGGAGAGAGGAUCAAAUUGGAGAAAAACGUUCUGGGUAGUUCCGGUGGAAACGACGCGGCUCGCGAGAAACUCGAGGCGGAACGUAAGCGGGUUAGCUGGUCGGUGUCCAGCGUGACAGCGCCGUGGGCUUGUCUCUCCCUCUGGUCUCGACUUCUGCCAAUCAAUAACCAGCGCACCGACUCGUUCACGCUCUGCUCUCUGCCUUCCUCUCCCUUCUCUCUCUCUCUCUCUCACUCUCUCUCUCUCUCUCGCUCUCUCUCUCUUUCUCUCGUCCUAUCCGUUUCCCUCGUUACCGUUCACCGUUCAAACUUCCCUCUCUGUCUCCCCCGGCUCACUCGAUACGCUUGAAUGACAAACGCAAGCCUGAUAGCGAGUGGAAUCGAAAGGGUUUAAAAGAAUUGCCCGGAUGAAUUGAGAGGCUCGUGUUUGCUCGGCGAUGCCUUUCCGUUUCUCUCUUCCGCCCGAUUCACGCCGUUCUCCUCUGUCCCUGCGCGCUCCGAUCGCGUCCCGCGUUUCUUCUCCCCUCGCUUCCAUUUGGUGCUAGCUUUCGCCGCCCUUUCAGCGGCUACAAACACGAGACUCCGUAUCCAUCCUUUACUAUCCUUCUUGAUAACGAUACACGGUGAGCAGAAGCAACAACAGGCUGUGCGUGUUUUGGGGCGAGAGGACGAGCACGAGGACGGCAACUUGCGACGAUACGAGAGCAGAGGCAACGCGUCGCGACGAAACGGAACAGCCAGAGGCGGCGGUAGCGGCGCUCUAGCUGCUGGCGGCGCCAGCGCCCUGCACGCAGCACCUUCAAACGGAGCCACGAAACCUAUUUAUACUCCGUCAACGUAGCGGACGACGCGACGUAGCGAGAACAGCGCCGUGUUCUGGCCGCCCACGCGAGCAACAGCCCGAACGAACCGCGCCGUGAGCUGCACGACCACGAACCUCGAGAGGAGACGACCAAGACGAGCAACAGCCAGCAGAGGAGACACCAACCUACUCUCUCGUCCUCGAUCUACGUGUUGCUGCUCGUUACUAAAUAUUCGCCAUAAUAGUUCGCCGCCGUCGUCGUCGUCGUAUCGAAUCGUCGUGCCGAACCGUCGCUGGAGGACGUAUCGUAGUUAACCGGUGGAGCAACUCGGUGAAAUUCGUGAAACGCUCGUCAUCCAUCCAUCCAUCCAUCCAUCCCGUCAUACACACUCCUGUUUUCCAACGAUUCGAAAUUAGAAUCGUUCUACUGGUUGGCCGAUAGAGAGAGAGAAAAUAGAGGUUCGUUGGUCGUCGUGGUGGUGUCGAUGGACAGCGACGAAAUCCUCAUGGGACAGGAUCAACGGCAGUGGAGUCUGGCUAGCGGCGCGGCCACCGGAGCCCACCCAUAGGGGACGCCAUUGAGAGUCUAUCUUUCCCUUGGCGUGUGAUCGACCGUCGCGCAUCCGCCUUCCCUUCUCGCGUCGUGUGCCGAUCUGCGCGCUCUACACCACCGCGGCGGUUGCUCUCCUGUCGCCGGAGCUGCUCCGCUCGCUGGAUGGGGUUGGGUGUCGUCGUGGUGUCGCCUUGCUGUUGGGUGUCGUUGAACGCGUCUCGCUGGUGAUCGUGUUGCCGGCGAACAAGUGGAAGAAGAAGAAGAAGAAGAGGAGGAGGAAGAGGAAGCUCUGUUUAGAGAGCUUUCCAAGGCUGGACGAGCCAGCGAGCGGGAAAUGGCCGGUGGUGUACUGUUAUAAUGCUUGAGGACGAUCCGCUGGCUGGACCAAGGCGCGCCGAUUCGUUGACCGAUUGUUGUUGCUCAAACACCGACGUUGCUACCGACCUCGUUGAGAUCAACGUUGAUAGCAUAGUCGUGGAGAACAUCGUCGAAGGAAUCGGUCGCGAACAGACUACGAAGAAGAGCACAGUGACGAAGGGGCGGCUCGCGUAGCCCAAGAGCAUCGUUGUGCGUGUGGUGCGUGGUGCGCGCGUAUGUGUCCGUCCGUGAGUGAGUGGCACGAGUGAAAAAGGUUGAGGCGAUCGUAACAUACGCGACGAGGGCUGUGAAGAGCGCGUGCUGGGAGCAUGCAGGAUUCGGGCGAGGCCCGAAGAGGCCUUAGUCCCGCGGGUGGACCGGGAUAAGGUUUAGCGAUACGAUUCACGAGUACCGCACCGGAAGUGACGAAGAGGAUAACGAAGUUCGGAUUAAACGGCUGCUUGGUCGCGUUCGCUCGACCAAGUGAACGUCCUUAAGCUGAGAUCGCAGGGACGCGGGAAGCGAGCUGGACUCGCUUUCGGGCGCAUGGAACAUGAUAGAGAUAUCGUUUGCAGAUGUCGAGCGGAAUCGGUGCAACUGCAAUGGGGAUCGACGUUAGUCACGGGGCAGGGGGUGGCGAGGGUGUCGCCGGUGGGUGCCGGCUCCGCGCGCAGAGCCAAAGCCAGGCGAGCGGAUCGUCGGGCAACUCGCAGCAGUCCUCGCAGCAGCAACAACAGCAGCAGCAACAGCAGCCACCCUCAUCGCAGCAGCCGCAGCAGCAACAGCAACGCCAGUCAUCCGGAAUCAUGGGCCGCUUGAAGAAGGACAACUGUUGCCUGUGCUGGUGCUGGUGUUGUAGUUGCUCGUGGCAUAAUUGUUUGUCGGCGUUGAGGGGAAAUUCGGCAGGCGCAGGAGGCGCGAUCGAUCAGGGGAAGAAGAAAGGGAACUCGGGUGUGGAACACAGCGAAUUGUGCGACACGGGGAACGGUCUCGACGGCUUGGAUGGUCUCGAUGGAAACGUGGAGUGCAGCCUGGAGGAGAUCAGGUCGUGGGGCUCGUCCUUCGAUAAACUGAUGAGGAGCGACGCGGGCCGUAAAUUCUUCAGGGAGUUCCUCCUCAGCGAGUACAGCGAGGAGAACAUCGCGUUCUGGCUCGCUUGCGAGCAACUGAAACACGAGAGCAAUUCCGAGAAGAUCGAAGAGAACGCACGCUACAUCUACGAUCGUUACAUAUCCACAGUCUCGGAGAAAGAGGUAAGCCUGGACUCGCGAGUGCGCGAAAUAGUGAACCGUAACAUGGUGCAGCCAACGCCGAACACGUUCGACGAGGCUCAGCUACAGAUCUACACCCUGAUGCACCGGGACUCGUAUCCCCGUUUCGUGAACAGCGAGAUCUAUCGACGGGCGUCGAGACUGAGCAGCGGAACGACGGGAUCGAGCAAUCAGGAACACGGCAACACAGCCAAGUCGAAGGGGAAGAGGUCCACCACGUAAUCGCUCGUUCAACGACCAAAAAAAAAAAAAAAGGACGAUGGGGUGGCAGCGGACCAACAGCCUCCGUCUCUCAGUAGGUAGCCCCGAGGCGACAUUGGGGACGCCGCGACGCUGUCAACGCUGGCCGAUGACGACGGAAGCCGGAGGACAUCGGCGUGAUAACAACAAGGAAUAGUAUCAGCUCGUCGAAUCUCUCUGCCCUCGUCAUAAAGCAAACAAAGAAAAGAAAGAAAAUGAAAAAAAAAAAAUAAAGUAAAAUAAAAUAAAAUAAAAUAGAAUGAAAUAAAAGUCGGGAUCUCAAGCGUGUGGAGAUUUCGAAGAUUUUCUCCUCUCGUCGGAGAAUACAAGAGAAAGAGGAAAUAAAACAGUUUUCCGAAGCGAAACUCACGAUUCGCUCUUCCACGCGAUGCCACAUCGGGGCCAACGUGCACGAACUUGACAAUGGACUGAACUAAAUAAAUAAAAGUAACUAGAUGAAGAGGAACGACGAGAAAUUGAUAAGAAAGGAGCAAGGACUAGGAUGGAAAGAGAAGAGAAAGCAAAGAACAGCAUGAAAGGAUCACGUAUACGUCGCGUUGAUCCAUUGACUCUUUCUUCCAGGACACUAUGGACACACGUGACACACGAGUAUAGAUCGAAGAAUCGAAAACACAGAGACAUAUACACACGCGGGUCGGUCGGGGAUGACGUUCAUCUUUCAAGGAAGUUCCUAAUUUCCAUCGUCUUUAGCGACUAAUCAUCGCCGAUGAUCUCUCUCUUUCUCCCCCCUACCCUCAUACACAAACAUAACCAUAACCACCCCAACCCCUCGCUCGAUAACGAAUCAGUCGUGUUUUUCUCUGUCUUUCCCCGCUCUCGAGCUCUCUUCUUUCUUUUUUCUUUCUUCUUUUGUACCAUUGUUUUUCUUCGUCCCCUCGUUUCAACCCCUCUCUCUUUCUCGCUCUAUUCAGUCGAACCCCUUUCAUCGUACGAGUUAGGGAAGAUCUCGAGAUUCGAGGAAUUUCCUGCGAUAGAAUCGUUUGGAACUUGGGUCGUUUAGGAUGAUAGAGUCAUUCGAAAUAUCAGGAUCCUGCACGAUGAUGAUAUUAGCGAAUUUUCAUAAGUCAUAAUUUCUAGGUCGUAAACAAAUUUUAUUUGUAAUUUGUAAAACUCUAAGUGUUUUCAUUGCCAAGCUUACAUUUGUCAAACUGUACUCGUCAAACCUGUGAAAUUGGGAUUCGUUGAGUUUUAUUAAUAAUAUGUAUUCGAUUGUGCAAGAGCAUCCGAUAUUGUUCAAUCCUACUUUUCUGUGAUUAAAAUUGCACAAGACAGACAAUGACCCGAGUUCUCGCAGCACAGGGGGCUCUGCAUGUUCCAAGAGACGCGCGAAGAAAUGAAAAUCGCCGAAGAAAUAUCCAUCGCUGGAAACGGUCGUCGUUAACAGAAUCGAUUAUUGGAUACUUAGAAUCCCCCAAAAUAUCAAGGAAAGAGUAGCGAAACGACGAAUAUUCCGUGACGAGGCUCCCAUUAAAAGAAGACACUCUUUUCUCAAUGUCUUGUUGACGAUGAAACGGAUCUCUGCUAAUAGAGGCAGAGAUUAUUUUCAUAGAAAAAGGAGUGACAUUUCGUCUGGUCUUAGGGUACCCUCAGACGUUCAAUAAUGUCAAUAUUUCAAGAUUCUCAACAUCAUUGCGGCUUGUCAAUAAAUAUUGAUGAUAUCACCAAUGGUGACAUAUCGUCAAUAUUUAUUGCGACAAACCGUAUUUUCUCGUAUGUUCAAUAUUUAUUGACGAUACCUAUCGAUCGCCCGAGGAUCUCUUUAUACGUACAAUGAUAUUGAGAGCUUUGAAUAUUGAUAAUAAAUAUAUGCAUAUAUAUACAUAUUGCACGUUUGAUGCACCCUUACUUGUAAUCCGACAGACGAACUCGAAGAUCGGCGACGUACGGUUCGUCUCGUCACAAAUCGCGAUUUCUGCAACGGGACCAUGAACAGAUCGAAGUAAUUUAUUAGCAAAUAAAUGGUAAAUGGGCCUCGUUCGUGGAAUACUCGUUCGAUGAUAAGUAUGUCGUUCGACUGUAGAAUACCAGGUCAAAGAAUAUCAAAGAGCGUUAGCAUAAUUCAAUUACGGAGGCGUUGUGAAGUAUUUUAUUACCAUUGCACUAGCAUCGUAGAAACGUAAGCAGGUUCGCGAAUUUGUUUGUCAAAUUCAUGUACUCGAUCUUGAAUCGCUAAUUCAACGAACCCUCGACACUAUUCUCUGAACGUUCUUCCUCGUUUAAUCGCCGUUUCUUUAAACAUGCCACGUUGUAUCGGCGAUUCAAGAUCGACCCAGAGGCUACGCGCCUCGACAAUCCGAUUACUAAUUGAAAUUUAAUUAAUUCAGCCCCUUGCAUUCCGACAUCCCUUCGACUUUCUCCGUUUUGCAUCGAUAUCUUCCAGCAACAAACGAAAACUCCGUAAAGAACUUCGUUUGGAAAGGGUUAGAGAAUACGCAGAUACCAUUUUUAUUAUCUAAUACGCAUCGAAACACAGCCAAAGAUCAACCAAAUCAACCGAUCGAAUCGCAUCGUGCGCAAGUAGAAAAUUUCUUCUUUGGAAGGAUGCAAAAGACGAAGAAGAGAGAAGAAGAAAGAGAUCCUCGACGAUCUUCCCUCAUCAACGCCUGCCACAUUGCAUACCUGGAAGUCGUUUCACUUCUAUUUUCGCGUGGGUCGUUCAUCAAGAUGGCCUCCAUCCUAAUGAACGAAGCAGCUCGUCGUCCCCGAACAGCGUACACCAAGUUACUGCCAGCGAGACGCACCGUGGAUCGGACACGCCUCACGUGGAUGACCAAGAAAGAAAAGAAACGAAGAGUAAAAACGAUGCACUAUCUAGUCAGAAUCGCUCGAAGACGAUGGCGUGGAUGAAAGAAAAAGGCCUAAGCGAGAAAGUUUUCAACUUGGACCGCGAGUUCGAACUGACAUUUGGAAUAUCGUUCGUCAUACUAUCGAUGCGGCGGCGAAAACAGAGUAUCACGUCGCGUGACGUUUCUUCGUCUCCUAUCGUUGCACAAAGUUAUCGCCUUUGUUAAUAUAAUUUCGUUACUUUAUCGAUGAGGGAAUGCAACGGAUACCUUUCGUUUUUCUUUUUCUUUUUUUUUUUUUAAGAGAUGGCGAACGAUCGAAGAAGUUGGAACGCGACGCGAUAUCUUCGAUUCUCGCGCGAGACGUUCAAGCUCGCUCGGAUACUGUUCGACGCUGUGUAAACGACCGACAAAUUUUUUUUACACCCGCGAUUCAUUAUCGAAGGUACUUAAUCGAUGUUUAAAGGUUGUUAUUUUACGCGGUCGAACGUUCGACAAGUUGAUCUCACCACGAUGGAUCUCACAGCAGCGCGCUCGAAAGGAGGAAAAGAUAGGAGUAAAAUAAAGAAAACGAGGAAUGAGUGUGAAACUGCGAAAGCGGAAACGAACCGAAUUUAAGCGUGCCUCGGACGAGACACGCGCUCCAACACACGCACAUGAACAGACACGUGACCAGGGUUCCACAUCGCUCUCGUGAACCACACAAUUUUACCUAUCCAACGACCACGAGUAAAAAUAAAACCGAUGGACACCUGAACUGGAGUCACGUUCCUCUGUGUUCGCGCUGUUUCAUCCCUGACCUUGCAAACCAAAAGAAACAACAACAAAACGUAAGCAUUUAAAAAAAAUCGAAAAAAGUAAAAAAACGAUUAAAAAUCUGAGUCUACAGUUCUUUAUAUCGACACUUUCAUUUGAUACUACCGUUUUCUUCUUGUUCCACAAAUUUUCUAUAAUCUUUACUUCCCCGUGAUAAUGAUAUAGGGUUGAAAUACGCCCCUGGCCACGUGGCUGCGCCAAGAAUAAAAAAAGGAAAAAAAAAAAGAAAAAGAGAAAAAUCGCUCGCUCGAAGUUCGUCGAUCAGCGACGCUUAGGGGAAAGACGCGCGAAAUCGUCGCGAGCCGAUUGCACAGGAAAAAAAGCAGAGAAUAAAAAGAGCAAAGAGUGAAAAAUACUAAAAAAGUUCGCACAGUCAGUCACAGCGGUUGGCUACUGCCCUGUAGAUAAUAUUCUAGAUAGUAAACACGAUGGCGGAGGAAGGAGGAUAAAACUAAUUAUACAUGCGAAUAUAUGAAUAUACAUAAUAUAUAUAUAUGAAUAUAAAAGGAAUCCAAAACAAGAAUAUAUAUAUAUAUAUUAUAAAUAUAUAUGAAAUCUCACCUACACAUAAACAAACACACACGCGCGCGCGCGCGCGCACACAUACACACUCAUGCGCUACAUAUGUUCGGCAUUAUAAAUAUGGUGGCAGGGUGCGAAUCGCGUGCACGAGGGGGAGAGAAAGGGCGGGAGAGAGUGGGAGGGAGUGAGCGUAAAGGUGAGAAAGAGAGACAAAUAUCGGACGAUUUUUUCAUUCUUCCGUAUUCCAGUUCCAUGCGAGAAGACAUCAUUCGCGAUCGAGCAUUUCACAGGCAGAAGCAGACGCUUUACAACCCCCGUCUCGUUGUUUUUCACCCUCCGACUGAUCGAUCAAGUAACGACGAAAUGGUUCACCCUUUCUCCUCCCAUUAACCACUGUCGUUUCACGUGUGAUCUCAUUUAAACACAUCUCUAAAACGAGAACAAACGUAAGCUUCGUUCAUUCUCGAAGAAGAGAACGAUCAUGGUGGACAGAAACUGAUUUUUAUAUACGACCAUAUCCAAUCAUUUCCUCCUCGCCCCUGUUCAGUCGUGAAACGAUAUUGACGUAUACACGACGUAUAUGACGAUGAAAUAUGAAGGAAAAGGCAACUUCUACCGGAAGCAACGAGACACGAAGCGAUUCUUCGCGAAAGCAUUUCCCCCUGGAAACGGGGAUGGAAAAGAAUGACGCGAGGGUUGGGGUGCGUGAAGACGGGGCAAGAAACGAGAAACGCCGGUGGAAAAAGAAGUGAAUUACGGUGAAAUUGGUCGAGCGUCAUCUUCUCUAAUAAACGCACAAUUUUUCUGUACCUUCGAUCCCCUGCUUCUUUCUUCCGGUAUCCCUUUUAUAACAUAAUAAAAAAGGAAAAAAAAAGAAGAGGAAAAAGAAGAAGAAAAUCGUCGUUCGAUUUCGAUUACGCGAUUCCUUUUGUAUAUCACUUUGAACGACAAUAUUUGUACAGCACCGGAGGACGCCCACCGCGGAACCUUUUCGUUACCGCACACGAUCGUUCGUUUUGUGUCGAUUCCUUUAAGAAUCGUGAAGCACCUCUAAGUUUUUUACCUCGAACGUUUUCGCGACUGGACAUACGACGGAGUUCUCCUCCCUGCUUUUUUUAGCUCGUCACAACCGGCGGAAAAACGGACAAUAGGCAAUAAGAGAGGAUGGAAAUGUGAGGGUUAAUAAACUGGUGAAACAUUGAA